CCUCCUUAUAAAGACACCCUCUCCCUUUCUGUCUCCCUCACACACACUCCCAUCCAGCGGUUGCAUAACGAUCGAGCUUAGCCACCCAGUAGCAAGUGCCCUUUGAGCAGCUCGUUUCAGCCAGAGAGCUUCUUCCAUCAACCAUCCAGCCGGGCCGGUGUGUACUUCACCUGCGCUAGCUUGCUUCUUGAGCAACACAUAGACACUCUACGCAGCUAGCUUCUUCUUCAUUAGCCGGCCGGCCGGCCUCUGAGCGAGCUCGCACGCGCGCGCAUCGAUCCCGGACGGCAACGAGUCUCUACGAUGUCGAGCAGAUCAAGGUCGUCGCGUGGCGCCAUCUCCGAGGAGGAGAUCAACGAGCUCAUCUCCAAGCUCCAGUCUCUGCUCCCCAACGCUCGCCGCCGCGGCUCCAGCCAGGCGUCGACGACGAAGCUGCUGAAGGAGACUUGCAGCUACAUCAAGAGCCUGCACAGGGAGGUGGACGACCUGAGCGACCGGCUAUCCGACCUCAUGUCAACCAUGGACCACAACAGCCCGGGCGCCGAGAUCAUCCGCAGCAUCCUCCGCUCAUGAUCACCGAUCGAUCGAUCGAGAAACGGCAGCGCCUUAAGUUCAUUCCAUCGAUCUCCGGCAAGCCACGAGAGAGCUUAAAUUAGCUAGCUAGGGUAUAUAUAUCCACAUAUUUAAAUGUGUACUAUCUCCCUCCUUUUCCUCUCUUCUGCCUUUCUGCCUAGAUCUGAUCGUCUCUCUAGAUCGAGAAAAUGUACUGCUAGCCACGCCCACGCGUAUAUCCUAAUCAAGGCUUCACCCGGUAAGUAGGGCAUAAUUAAGUACUAGCGCUUAGGGCCAAAUCAAAGCUUAUCCUGGCUAAUUCAGCUCUUACGUACGUCGUCUCUCUGUUCUUUAGCUCCUCCAUGUGUUACUCUCUACUACUAUAGCUAGUAGCUCGGAGCUAGCACGAUCUAUCUCCUCAUCCUGUCUCCCCCCUAGCUUCUUUGUUGUCCCUUUCUCGAUCUGUUAAUUUUUAAUUAGUUGGUGGCCUUGGAUCGAGUUGUGUCCUCUAUAGACAACCGACCGACCACUACUACUACUCACUACGGGAGUACUCCUACCUAGAGCAAAUUAAUAUCAUCAUCAUUGUAUACUGUUCCUGCGCU